UGGGGCAGCUAUGGGGCUGGGCGUAGAGCAGGGUGUGAGGCAGCUGUGGGGCGAGGCGUAGAGUAACUAUGGGGCAGCUGUGGUGCUGCGCAUAGGCAUAAAAUAUGGAGUAGCUGUGGGGCAGCUGUGGGGCAGCUGUGGGGCAGACUGGAGUUAUGGGGCAUUUCUGUUCAGCCUAUGGGGCAAAGCUAUGGGUCACCCAUGAGUCAGCAAAGGGGCCACAACAGGCUCUGCUGGACCUGUGGGGCAGAAAGAAGCGGCCUAUGGGGCAGGUCAAGGGAAUGAGGCACAGGCCGCGCUAUGGGGCAGCUCUAGGUCCAGCUGUGGGUCCCAGGCCGCGCUAUGGGGCAGCCAUGGGUCAGGCUGUAUGGGGCAGGGCCAGCCUUUUGGUGGUGCUGGAGGACAGCGAACCAUCGAGAGGAGCUGCUAGAGCGGCCUCUCCCCCACUGCCCCCUUCCUCUCCCGCCCGAUCCCGGUCUUCUGCUCUCACUUCCGGUUCCCGCCUCGGCGCGCGCCAGGAGAGCGCGAGGAGAAGCGAGCGGAGCGGAGUCAUGGCAACCGCGACAACAAAAGUGCCGGAGGUUCGGGAUGUGACGAGGAUUGAGCGGAUCGGUGCUCAUUCCCACAUCCGCGGCCUCGGCUUGGACGACGCGCUCGAGCCGCGCCAGGUGUCUCAGGGCAUGGUGGGGCAGCUGGCGGCGCGCCGAGCCGCCGGCGUCAUCCUCGAGAUGAUCAAAGAGGGCAAAAUCGCCGGAAGAGCCGUCCUCAUCGCCGGCCAACCCGGCACGGGCAAGACCGCCAUCGCCAUGGGAAUGGCGCAGGCGUUGGGCCCGGAUACGCCGUUCACGGCCAUCGCCGGCAGCGAGAUCUUCUCGCUGGAGAUGAGCCGAACGGAAGCGCUCACGCAGGCUUUCCGCCGAUCCAUCGGAGUCCGUAUCAAAGAAGAGACGGAAAUCAUCGAGGGAGAGGUAGUGGAGGUCCAGAUUGACCGCCCGGCCACCGGCACGGGCACGAAGGUGGGAAAGUUGACGCUGAAAACAACAGAAAUGGAGACGAUUUAUGACCUCGGCACCAAAAUGAUCGAAUCUCUCACCAAGGAGAAGGUCCAGGCGGGCGACGUCAUCACCAUCGACAAAGCCACGGGGAAGAUCUCGAAGCUGGGGCGCUCCUUCACGCGGGCGCGGGACUACGACGCUAUGGGCGCGCAGACGAAGUUCGUGCAGUGUCCGGAUGGGGAACUGCAAAAGCGCAAAGAGGUGGUGCACACGGUGUCGCUGCACGAGAUCGAUGUCAUCAACAGCCGCACGCAGGGCUUCCUCGCCCUCUUCUCAGGUGACACCGGUGAGAUCAAGAUGGAGGUGCGGGAGCAAAUCAACGCCAAAGUGGCCGAGUGGCGCGAGGAAGGCAAAGCCGAAGUCAUCCCGGGGGUGCUGUUCAUCGAUGAGGUGCACAUGUUGGACAUCGAGUGCUUUUCCUUCCUCAACCGAGCGCUGGAGAGCGAUAUGGCUCCUGUGCUCAUCAUGGCCACCAACCGCGGCAUCACGCGGAUUCGGGGAACGAACUACCAGAGCCCCCACGGGCUCCCCAUCGACCUCCUGGAUCGGCUGCUCAUCAUCUCCACCGCUCCCUACAGCGACAAAGAGACCAAACAGAUCCUCAAGAUAAGGUGCGAGGAGGAGGACGUGGAGAUGACGGAGGACGCGUAUUCGGUGCUGACGCGCAUCGGGUUGGAGACGUCACUGCGUUACGCCAUUCAGCUGAUCACGGCCGCCAGCCUGGUGGCCCGCAAGCGCAAGGGCACAGAGGUGCAGGUGGAGGACAUCAAACGCGUGUAUUCGCUGUUCCUGGACGAGUCGCGCUCCACUCAGUACCUGCGCGAGUACCAGGAGGCCUUUCUCUUCAACGAACUCAAGGGUGAAACCAUGGAAACGGCCUGAGAGCCCCCGACCCCCCCCCGACCCCCCCUGUACAAUAAAACCAAACCCGGAU